AUGGGCUCCAGGUAUCGGAAGGCACCAAUGGUUCACAUCUUUAUUAUCCUACAGAUAAUUCACUCAGUCACAGGCUACUAUAAAAUUAUCCCCCCUGACAAGCCUGUCAUUGGAGUCAUUGGAAAAGGAGUCAUCUUGCCCUGCCAGCUGAAAGUUAACAUAAUCCCUGAGAGACUUUCCGUUCAAUGGUUAUUUACCAGAAACUCUCAAAAAAUUGACAUGACCACUUACGAUGGAAAAAAUACUUACAAUCCAGUUCAUGAGGAGGAGGCGUAUGGGGGCAGGACAAAUUUUUUUCAGUCUGAAUUUAAUAAGGGAAAUGUGUCUCUCCACCUGAAGAACGUCAUGCUCUCAGACAAAGGGAAAUACACCUGCAGUGUCUUUUUUGAGAACUGGUAUGAUGAAGUGGUGGUUGACCUGGAUGUGGCAGCUAAAGGUGAUGAGUCUUCAGUCUUCCUGGAUGGUCAUGUGGGUCAGGGCAUCAGCCUCACCUGCAAGUCACAGGGAUGGUUUCCAGAGCCGAAAGUACUUUGGCUGAACAGCAAAGGACGGAUACGGAAGGAGGAAGUGACCACCCACAGCACAAAGACUUCUUCGGGUAUUUUUGAUGUUGUAAGUUCCAUGACUCUCGAACCAGGAUCGGACAAGGAAGUCUCCUGCAGAAUAGUCAAUGACCUACUCAACGCAACAUGUGAAUCCCGAGUCCUCGUUUCAGAUGUCUUCUUUCCUUCCACUUCACCUUGGAUGACGGCCUUCCUUGUAAUUUUAUUUCUUGCUACAGCUGUCAUUGCUGCUCUAGGUUAUAAACUAACCC